GCUAGAUCUUUAUCUUCACGAUAAAAUGUGUGCAAAUACUCUCUGUAAAGAUGAGUCCCCACCUCAGUCGGUAUAGAAAAGCAUGAUAAAGGUUGGAAAAAAUGGAUAAAAAUGUUGAAAGAACCUCCAGUUCCUUAUUAGGCGAAGAUACAAUAUUUAUUCCUUGUCUCCUGGGAUAAAUCUCUUCUGCCUAUUGUCCUCCCAGUUCUCAGUGCUGAUGCUUAAUUUUCAAAACUUCUAUAUUACCAAGGGACCUACGACAUCAGCCAAAGAAAUACUCAGCAAGUACAAAAUCUGUUCCAGGGAGCUGCUUUUGUGCAGAGGGAAAAUUUUGUUCCUACAGGUUUUUAAGUGGGUAAGAGGCAAGGAGCUAUCUGAUCCGGGCAAAGCCGUUACAAUUUAGAUCUCUAUCUAUAGAACAUUUUUUCCCUUAAAAAAAAUUUGGAAAAUACAAGAAGUUUGGAUUUUUUUCCCGAUUCUUUUUUUGGAGGGGGAAAUUGCAUCGUAAGCUUUCGGAGAAACCCAACAUGUCAACUACCUUUCCCGGACUAGUCCACGAUGCCGAGAUACGUCACGACGGAUCAAACAGCUACCGUUUGAUGCAGCUUGGCUGUCUGGAGUCCGUAGCCAAUUCCACUGUCGCCUACUCCUCCUCCUCUCCUUUAACUUACUCCACCACCGGCACCGAGUUUGCGUCCCCCUACUUCUCCACUAACCACCAGUACACCCCGCUCCACCACCAGUCCUUCCAUUACGAGUUUCAGCACAGCCACCCGGCCGUCACCCCCGACGCCUACUCUCUGAACUCGCUGCACCACUCGCAACAGUACUACCAGCAGAUCCACCACGGGGAGCCCACCGACUUUAUUAACCUGCACAAUGCGCGGGCGCUCAAGUCGUCCUGCCUGGACGAGCAGAGGCGGGAGCUGGGCUGCCUGGAUGCCUACCGCCGCCACGACCUGUCCCUCAUGAGCCAUGGCUCUCAGUAUGGAAUGCACCCAGAUCAAAGACUCCUGCCAGGGCCCAGCCUGGGGCUGGCCGCCGCGGGAGCCGACGACUUGCAGGGUUCUGUGGAAGCGCAGUGUGGACUUGUUCUCAAUGGCCAAGGGGGAGUGAUAAGAAGAGGUGGCACCUGUGUGGUCAACCCCACAGAUUUGUUUUGUUCUGUCCCUGGCCGUUUGUCCCUUCUCAGUUCUACUUCCAAAUACAAGGUGACCAUUGCUGAGGUGAAGAGACGCCUCUCACCACCAGAAUGCCUCAAUGCUUCACUCUUGGGAGGCAUUUUGCGAAGAGCAAAAUCCAAGAAUGGGGGCCGCUGCCUAAGGGAGAAACUGGAUAGGCUUGGCCUGAACUUGCCGGCAGGAAGACGGAAAGCAGCGAAUGUGACCCUCCUCACUUCCUUAGUUGAAGGGGAGGCUUUACACUUGGCUCGGGAUUUUGGCUACACUUGUGAAACAGAGUUUCCAGCCAAAGCUGUAGGAGAACAUCUUGCCAGACAACAUAUGGAACAGAAAGAACAGACAGCAAGAAAAAAGAUGAUCUUAGCGACCAAGCAAAUUUGUAAAGAAUUCCAAGACCUCCUAAGCCAAGAUAGAUCACCGCUGGGAUCGUCCAGACCCACUCCAAUUCUAGACCUGGACAUCCAGAGACACUUAACACAUUUCAGUUUGAUCACUCAUGGCUUUGGAACUCCAGCAAUAUGUGCAGCCCUAAGCACUUUCCAAACAGUCCUCAGUGAAAUGCUGAACUACUUGGAAAAACACACUACCCACAAAAACGGUGGAGCGGCAGAUUCUGGCCAAGGACAUGCCAACUCGGAGAAAGCCCCCCUGCGGAAAACUUCAGAGGCGGCCGUGAAAGAGGGCAAAACAGAAAAGACAGACUAGCUACAUCAAACAGAAUCUAUUUCCAGAGAGUCUUGCUGCUGAUAUUUUUUCUAAUAUAUAUAUCAUUGAGGGUGAUUAAUCUUCAGUGGACCGAAUCUCUACCCUCCCCCGACCCUCCAUAAAAAACAAAAAUGGAAUUGAAAAAUGAAACAAAAAAGGACAAAACCA